CGAACCUCAGGCUCGGAUGCUCUCUCUCGAAAAUGCCAAGCCACCACUGAGAAUAAUGGAACGAAGACGAGAGAAGAAAAGGAGAGACGCUGAGUGGUAGAGAGAUAAAAAAAGAAAAGAAAAAAGAAAAUAGCUGCGAGUGUUAGAGAGAGAAAGUGAGCUAGUGAGAGGGGAUGGGGCAGAUCGUGAAGGGGAAGAAGAAAGGGAGACCAUCGAAGGCGGAUCUGGCAGCUCGAGGUUUAUCGGUGUCGGAGCGGGAAGUACGGCGGAGCCUCCGACGCCGAAAUGUGAGGAAAAACGCAGUCGACUACGACGAUGAUUUUAUUGAAGAUGACGAUGAGGAAGAAGAGGAGGAAGAAGUGGGAAGGCGAGAGAAGAAGGUUAAACUCGUUGUCAAGCUCCACAGCAACGAAAACGCACGCUCUUCAGCUGCGCGUGGACGGAACGCGCAGGGAAAUGGCGCUUUUGACGAGGACGAGGAUGAAGACGAAGAAGAGGAGCGCGGGAAGAAGCCUUUGAAGAAGAGGAAAAUCAACGGUGUAGAUGAUACGGGUUAUGAUAGUGAUAAUAUCGACGAUAACAAUGAUUAUCGUGAUGAUCACGUAGACGAUGAUGAUGAGGUAAGGGUACGAAAGGGAGACAAUACAGGACAGGACUCUGCUCCAGGGACGCCCACAGAAGCUGCUUCUGGAUUGCCUUUGCCGGAUAAUAAAGUAUUGGAGUUGAUUCUUGAUAAGCUUCAAAAGAAAGACAUAUAUGGGGUGUAUGCAGAGCCAGUUGAUCUUGAAGAGCUUCCAGACUAUCUCGAUUAUAUUGACCAUCCAAUGGACUUCGCUACGGUGAGGAAGAAGUUGGCUAAUGGAUCAUAUUGUACCUUGAAGCAAUUUGAGAGUGAUGUAUUUCUAAUAUGCUCUAAUGCAAUGCAGUAUAAUGCACCAGAGACCAUAUACCAUAAACAGGCAUGUUCCAUUGAAGAGCUGGCAACGAGGAAAUUCCAGAGGUUGAAGGCCAACAUUGAGCGCGGUGAGAAAGAGAUGAAGUCAGAACAGAAAACAAAAUCGAAUUCAUUGGGGAAGAAGCAAAUGAAGAAACCUCUGGGCCGUGCUGUGCAGGAACCUGUCGGCUCUGAUUUUUCCUCUGGUGCUACUCUUGCUACUCCUGGGGAUUUUCAGAAUGGUUCUGCUGCAAACCACGCAAGUGGCUGUGAAAGGCCUUUUGUUACUGAUGGGCCUCUUGAGGGGAACUACUCCUUGGUCGAUACUAAUCUAGAUAAGAUGGAUGAUAUGCCAGGAAAGGGUGUACCAUCCAAACUUGGGAGGAAGCCAUAUAUUGUUGAUGAAAACCGUCGAGCAACAUACAAUGAAUUCAAUCAAACGGCAUCCAAAUCAAACUCAAUAUUUACAAUCUUUGAGAAUGAAGUCAAGCAGCUAGUUUCUGUUGGGCUGCAUGCAGAAUAUGCCUAUGCCAGGAGCCUGGCUCAUUUUGCUGCAACUCUUGGACCUGUUGCUUGGAAAAUUGCAUCUCAGAGAAUUGAACAAGCAUUACCUGCAGGGUUUAAGUUUGGUCGUGGAUGGGUAGGAGAAUACGAGCCACUUCCUACCUCAGUAUUAAUGCUUGAACCCCAAACCCAAAAAGAGUCUCAUUUUUUCUCAAAGUUAAAGAGUACUGCUGAUGCACGAAAGGUUAACAUGACUUCUAAAACCCCCCUCUCUCCCAAGGAGCAUCUUUUAAGUGGCCCUGGUAAGGAGCACUUUGUUCUAGUUAAAGAUGAUGAACAUUUUCUCUGUAGGCCUCCAAGAGAGCCUUUUGCUCCUGGUAAGGAACAUCGCAGUGGGUCUGUGAGGGAGCAUUUUGUUCCUGCCAAGGACCAUCCUGUCAGUGGGUCUAAUUCAGAAGGGAAGCCACCAUUAUUUCAUCCUAGGACUGGGCCUGUGUUGGGAGCAAAACAGUCUUUAUUUGCUUCUGCUGGAAUGGCAGCUAGCAACCCUGUGGCUGCGACUUAUUUGCAGCAGAAUCUGCCUUUUAGGAAUACAGCUGUGCCUGAGAAUAAGGUUUUAAAGCAAGUUGAAUUGAACUUGCCACCUCCAGUUAACCAACAUGAUGCUGACCUUGUUUCAGAUAAGCAGCUUUCAAAUAAUUCAGAAAUGCCAGUUUCCAGGUCAAGAGAAAUGGUAUCAAGGAACUUGAAUCUUCCACAGCCAUUACCUUUUAAGCGGCCUGAUUAUAAUGGAGUUGGCUCUAGAGGAUUACCCAAUGGAAAAGUAACUGGUAAUCCCUUGAAUGGUGGAAUGGUUAGCUCAUCAACUGAUACUGUUCCUAAUCAAGUUACCAAGGCAGCAACUUAUUUUUCACUUGGACAAGAAAAAAGUCUUGGUGACCCAGCUGAGUUCAUGUGGAGAUUAGCUGAAAAUGGUCAAAAGCAUCAGAGAUCAUCGAACCAUCCCCCAGCUGAUAGUCCUUCUGUAGCGGCUUCAGUUCCAUCUGUAAGAAAUGAUUCAGGCAAUGCUUCAUCAACUGCUGCUCGUGCGUGGAUGUCAAUACGAGCUGGUGCUUUUAAACAACCAACAGAAAAUUCUAGCACUCAUAAAACUCAGAUUUCUGCUGAGUUGUUAUAUAACCCAACUCGUCAGCUUCAUCCUCAAAGUCCACGUGUUCAGGGACAGUCUCCGCCUCCCACCAGCAUGCAAUUAUCUGAUAAGAACACUUUUCAAUUUCAGGUAUUUCCACCCCAACCUUUUCGGCUAGGAAAUGAUUCCCAGUUGCAAGACAGACCGAUGGUAUUCCCUCAGUUGGUAACAACUGACUUUUCUAGGUUCCAUGCACAGUCUCCUUGGCGAGGUCUCAGUCCACAUUCCCAAACAAGGCCAAAACAAGACACCCUUCCUCCAGACUUAAAUAUUGGUUUCCAGCCACCAGGUUCUCCGGUGAAACAGUCGUCCAAUGGUAUUAUGGAUUCACAGCUUCCAGAUCUGGCUUUGCAGCUCUGAGUACAGGCAGAUUUAGUGAGAAGUCAUGCAGAAAAGAAAGUGUAGAGGUGGUCUCUGUCUCCUUUAUCAGGUGCGGGCCUAUGUCUCACAUAUCAUUGGUGCAUAAGAGGUGAGAACUGGCCUUUAUUUACCUAAUCCCAGUUCCUGAUCAAUAAAAUGCUACAGAUUUUCUAUUUCUUUGCCAUCAGACGAGAUGGGAUGCAAUCAUGAAAUCAGAGGAUCAGUGAAAGAUAUAUAUAUUUUUUAACAAAGCCAUGAGAUUCUUCUUUUCCUAAUAAGGAUUAUUUAUUGAGCAACAGAUAGCUCAUCUUAGGAAGCUAAAAUCUUUGGAGUUCAGCAUGAAUGAUAAAUUUUGGCCAUUAUCAAUUGAUUAGAAGCUCAUAGUCAGAUUGAUUAGAACACAACAGAGCCCAUUGAUGCCUUGUACAUUAGUUACAGGUGGAGGAGGAUUAGUUGCAUAGAUUUAGUUGCUUUUAUGGCAUUACAUGUUAUUUCUAUGAGGAUUAUGCUGCUGCUGCUCUUAUGUAUGUGUGAAAGACAUUCUCACAAAUGAAAAUUUUCUGCCAUUUCCUCUCUUGA